AUGGCUAUAAGUAUAUUAGAAAGUGAUCGAAUAGACCGUUACGAGUUAGAAAUUUUUAUUGGUCAAGUUAAUUUAACGGGAUUCAAAUUCAAAGAAUCAGAAAACUGCAAUGCAAAUGAUAAUUCGGAAUUAAAACAAGAAGAAUUACCUAAGCAAAAGUAUACUAUUAAGACAGUGUUGGAUAAUGUAAUAGAAUUUAAUAUAUCCAACUAUGAUAGCGUUGAUGAUGAUCCUGAAGACCAAUGCUUAACAUAUUACGAUGAUUUAAAAUCAAAUGAGUCGCUUACAAAUAUUGUAAAACAACUCGGCGAACGGUAUAUUGUUAAUGUAAAACCCUAUUGUAACGCGCACAAUAUUUGUUUUGACAUCACGUACAAAGAAAGUGACAAUGCGGUUACUUCUGCGAAGCCCACUUCUAUUAAUAGAGGGGUAAUAUGUAUUUUUGCCUGUGUACCUAGAACAUUAGUAACAAUAUUACAAAAAAACCCUUUAGAACUAAUAAUCUGUGAAGACAUAAAAGAUAAUAGAAUAAAAUUAGGCACAGUAUCUAUCAUGCUCAGCAGUUCAAUGGGGUUUACUAGUGCAAUAAGUUACCAUUUUUAUGAAAAAGGAUACGAUAUACAUACACAUACUGCCGAAAGCGUACACGAAGUGAAAAAUAUGGACGGUAGUCAGAUUAUAGGAGAUAUGUUUGUGCGUUUGAAGCUAACGUGUCACGGACCCGAAACAAUGCAAGUCAAUCAAAUUGUAUUAAAAUCAAACCAACCGGAGUUACAACCCAUAUUCAACGAUAACAAUACAUUUGACUUUUAUUUCGAUAAACAUAUCAUCCCAACUCCGCCAAAAAUGAUGUAUGAUGGUGUAAGCAGAUGUGAAGACAAAAUACUUAACCCUGAAAUAAAAGACCUUCUCGAUUGUCAAAGGAUUCAAGAAACAAAAGAAGAUAAACCAUGCAUUUGUCCUUGUAAAGGAUUGUUAGAAAAUUUACAAACAAUUUUGUCUUCCGACAUAAAGCAAUACGCCUCGAUAUGUAAGUCAAACUUAGCAGUAAAAGAAGUCUGCAGUGUUAAAACUUGUGACACCGUGACUUCAGCUGAAAUACAAAACAAUGAUUGUGCUGAGAGGAAAUCAAGAUAA